CUCCACUGAUCUGAGCUCAGUCAGGUUUGUAGCAGCGUUGGGGCAGCCACUGAUUGCACUGUACCACAGCUGAUCAUAAGCCUCCUCCAUCAAGCAUCUGAUUCUUCUUUUUCAUAGCGCUGAGAACGGAAUUAUAAGGAAGCCUAUUCCAAAACAGGUUAAGCCACAGAGCAUGGGACGGCCUGCAGCGAGGCAGAUGAUGGGGCUGGUGAUGUGGAUGGGGGUGUGUGCCUUCGCCCUGAGCAUCGCCACGACAACAGCGGAACACACAGCCCCUGGCCGGGUGCUGGCGAGACAAAAACGGGAUUGGCAGUGGAACUUUCUGUUCAUGGAGGAAGAGAAAUCCGACCCACCACCGCAUUACGUGGGAAAGCUGAAGUCCACAAAUUACCGCGAGCGUACAAAAUUCAUCAUUAAAGGAGAAGGUGCAGACAAAAUUUUUUGGGUGAACGGGCAAGGAGACAUCUAUGCCAACCGGAAGCUGGAUCGAGAAGAAAAAGCUGUGUACAACCUAACAGCUUACCUCAUCGACAUGGACACCGGCGAAACCGUGGAACCCGAGGCAAAGUUUUUAAUCCAAAUCACUGACCUCAACGACAACAGCCCGCAGUUUCCAAAGAAAUACGGCGGAUCCAUCGCUGAGAGGUCUCCGCAAGGAACAGAAGUGUUGACAGUGACUGCCACUGAUGCAGAUGAUCCAACCACUGCUAAUGGAAAGAUUGCUUACAAACUGCUGAAUGGAACAGACCUCUUUGACAUCAAUGGACAGGGGACUAUUACGACAAAGGUGAACUACCUGGACCGUGAGAAGCAGAGCUCAUACGUGAUUGUGGUCCACGCGAAGGACAUGCCGGGCAUGAACACCGGGGGCAGCGCCACCACUGUGGUCACCAUCGAUGUGACUGACAUCAACGACAACAUGGCCUCCUUUACAAAAAACGCGUUCAGAUUUACGGUCAGAGAAGAUGAGAAGGAGAAUACUGAAGUUGGCGUGAUGGACGUGGAGGACAAAGACGAGGUGCAGAAUAAAGAUCCGAUCUUCAGCUUCAAGCUGCAGUCCUGUAAAGAUGCGUUUGAGAUCACAAGGAAUCCAAGGGGAGAUGCGGCAAUCACACUCAAGCAGAGGCUGGAUUACGAGACCCAGGUGGAGCACAGGUGCGAGGUGACCCUGCAGGAGGACACUCUCAUAACUCCCCACGACAAGGCGCAGGGCUUGAUCACCACGGCGACCGCCGUCAUCACCGUGCUGGACAUCGACGAGCCGCCCCUGUUCACCCAGAGCGCUUACAACUUCAGCAUCCGAGAAGACAUCAGGAUCAACAGCGAGAUCGGGACAGUGUCAGCCAGAGAUCCCGACAAAGCCAACCUCAAAAUACGCUACUCCAUAGACGACCCAAACUGUCCAAUAAGCAUCCACCCAGACACUGGCAAGAUGGUCACGACAAAGGUGCUGGACCGGGAGCUUGUUCCUGUGCACACGUUCCAUGUGACCGCGGUGGAGACGGGAUUGCAAGGUCUGAAAUCCUAUGCGACUGUGAGUCUGGUGGUUGUUGAUGUGAAUGACAACGCUCCAGAGCUGACCAACAUCACAAACAUUUACAUGUGCCACAAUGAGGCGGCUGACAUGGUUAUACGGACAAUUGGGGCCAUCGACAAAGAUGACCACCCCCAGCGUUUCAACUUCUCUCUCGCCAGACCAAGCUCCAACUUUACACUCAUCGACAACAAAGAUAACACGGCCAGCAUCAAGGUGAAGCAGGGGGGUUUUGACGCGGACGACCAGAGAGAGUACGUGCUGGAGAUCCUGGCCACGGACGGCGGCAAGCCCCCCCUCACCAGCACCACCACCGUCGUGGUCAGCCUGUGCCGCUGCGGACCAGACCGGAACACGGAGAACUGCAAGGCGGCCUACGCCCAAACGGGUGUCAGCGUACACGCCCUCAUCGCCAUCCUCCUCUGCAUCCUCACCAUUCUAGUCAUAGUGAUACUCAUUGUCCUGAGAAAACGGUAUCAGAAGGAGACAAUGGUGGCGUCGGGCAAGAACUCGGAGAUCCACGAGCAGCUGGUGACGUACGACGAGGAAGGGGGCGGGGAGAUGGACACCAACGGCUACGACGUGUCGGUUCUGACGUCCGCCCGGAACGAGGGCAGCGCCCGGCCAGCACCGGGGCUCUACGCCGUGGUGAAGAAGCCCCCCGCGGGGCGGGCCGACAUGGCCAUGAUGAUCGAGGUGAAGAAGGAUGAGGCGGACCACGACCGGGACGGGAUCCCCUACGACACCCUGCACAUCUAUGGCUACGAGGGGCCCGAGUCACUGGCCGGCAGCCUCAGCUCACUGGACACCUCCUCCGACAACUCUAGCCUCGACUAUGACUUCCUAAACGACUGGGGACCCCGCUUCAAGACCCUGGCAGAGCUGUACGGGGUGGAUGGCUCGGAGAGCGACUACCCGUACUGAGCCCAGAGCCUCCCCCGCGGAAACGGCCUCUCGCUUCCUUCCGCCAUUUUGUUUCGGUUGUCGGAGCGGGCAGAGAUAAAACAAUCUCGACUUCGACCGAGAACACUUCCGCUCACGGGACCCGGUCCCUCGAAGAGGGUGCUAAGUUCUGACAUUUCUGUCAGACAUGGCGAUUGUCAUUCAUGAUACUGUCAGGACAGAAAAACAAAAAAAAAAAAAAAAAAAAAAAAACGUUUGUUGUACAUUUUUAAAAAUCAUAUUCCCUUUGGUAUUGGCUAUUGGUUUUGUAUAAAUGUGUUAGUGGUGAAGUUUAUGAAAUUUUUAAUUUUUUCACACACCUGAAGUGCACACCUGUGACUAUUAGAAUGGCACAAAAUGAAGAAAGACACACCUCUUAUAUGCAUGAAAUAUGUCCUGUCUUUUCAAUGGCCAGAUUAACUAAUGGCCUUUUUCACAAUUCAGACUUUUAAGAGUAAGACAAAAGGAAGAUUUUGUCUUGUGAGACAUUUAUAACUCCCCAAAAUGGAUUUUAAAAAGCGAUUGAAGAGAUUAGCCUUGCCAGUGUGUUUUUAGGACUGCAAACAUAUUACGAUGAUCUUCUUAUCUCAGUUGUGGAGACAAAAGCAUCCAUAAAGAAGUCUUUAUUUUUAUUUCCCUCAUUUGCUAAUAAGUGGCUUAGUGGUGUGUAUCAUCAGUGAGCUGACUGAAAUGCAUUUUUCAACAGGAAAAAUCCACAAUAGGCCAGGAAACAGCGGUAGUAAGGCACUGAAGGACUUAGGAGUCAAUUCCCAUUUUAUUUGACAGGACUUAUCAACACAUGAACUAAGGAGGAGAGAUCCUCAGUCCCUGUGGGCCAACAUAAAAAGAAUACUACAACCAACUCAGGAAACAUGAAGUAGUAGAAAAGUCUAUAGAUGACUGAACUGUGCUCUGAACAACUUUAACCUUUAAUAUUAGAAUGAGUCAUCCUAUCAAUGCACUGGGCCGCAUAAUAAAAACAAGCGGCGAGCUGUGCUUCCAUCUUAGUGCUUAAAACACAGGCCUAUGAGCCAUGCAGUCUCUCCACCGUGGUGUUCAAAUCUGAUUAAAACAAUUUGCACAAGCAUUACCUGUAUUAUUCUUCGAUACUCCUUAUUCCUUGCAGUGACCGCUGCACUUAUGUUUAAAUAUGUUACUCAGAUUUAAGUCAUAAGCCCCAUAGCUGUUAGACUGAAUGCCCAACCCUCUUUCUAAAUAUUCUGCACUUUAUUAUUAUUGCUCUUCUGUAAUCAAGACUCAGCAAACCGCAUUUCUAAGGCAAUUGUUUUAUUUCAGUUCGAUUUAUGUGGAUCAUUUCCUCCACGCUGAGGGUUUGCCUACUUGGAGACUUGUCUCAUAAACUAUGGACACAAUAUGUGGAAGCCAGCCUAACGUGUUCCUGCUAAGAUCGUAUUGACCAAGUGCUGGACUCCCAUCCUCUCUGGGUUCCUAGCCCCCCCUCCGAAAAUGCAAACAAAGCACUGGAACCAACUUCCUGCACGUCUGAGUGUGAGGAAACUUACUUCCUGCUCUGUUAUCUCUAAACUAGAACGCCACAUUGUGGCUCUUUUCCUGUUUUCCUGGCUGGCAAAAAAAAUAGAUAUAUAUACAUAUACUGUAUGUGUGGCAUGAAGAAAGGGAUAUUUCAAAGUUUCUGAAGUGAAGUGUAAAGCCUUUAGCAGCAGUAGCUUUUAGGACAGUCUCAGCUAUCUGUGCCUGGAUAUGUAUGCCUGAAUAAUGGAGCCCUGACAGCAAUGUUUGUCUGGUGCCGGCAUAGCUUUAUUGUAAUGUUUUUCGUAUACUGUUAAAAGUUUCAUCACCAGAACUGAAUUUGGCACUAAGACAUUUGUGGGACCAGUUUAAAUCAUGCCAGUACUGUUUUGUUUUUUUUUUUGAUGAUGAACCACUGUGAAGAAUAACAAUGUCAACACUGUGAUUUCCUGAUGCAAUUCUGAGAUGACACAAGUGUGAAUAAUCUUCCUCUAAGUCUACUGUUGCAUGGUUAGUUAGAUAUUGUGGUCUUAGUAGGACAUACCACAAAGGUGUCCUGAUACGUUUAAAACCAAUAUGUUUAAAAGUAUACAGUCACCAAAAAGAUAGUUGUGCGUUGUAAUGAGAAAUGCUGAAAUUCAGAACAAUGGCCGGAUUGUAAGACAACUGAUAUGAGAGGCAAUUACCCGUCUAUUGUAUUCUGUUGAAUACAGAGAAGAUGUCUUAACUCUGAAAAGUACAGCUUAUCCAAAGACUUCCUCUUUGGUCUCACAUUUAUGUGUGUUUGUAUUGACUGCUGGAAGGACUACUUUGACUUGUGUGUACUUGAAAUAUCACCGUACGUUGUAAACCCUUGGCCUCGUCACUGUACAUAGAGAUUGUGCCUGCUUUUCUACUGUAAUUCUUCCUUUGGUGUGUAUUCAAUGAAAGUGGCAAUACUUGACGAUUCUGAUCUAUGUCUGCUGUAAAGUGUGAAGUAAGACUUGUUAGGGAAAAAAAAAAAUUGUAUACGUGAUAGGUAUCUUUGUCUGUAUGUAUAUAUAUCAUCCAGUAGGUGGCAGUAUUAGGCUGCUGAGUGCGAAAAGAGACACAAGCGUUUCAUAAGGGUGAUCAAAAUGUGCCUUCUGCUGUGAGACUUUUUACAGCACAACAAACCUUUUAU